AUGGCCAUUUCUCUUGUUCACUCGCAGGGUUAUGCCCAUGGAGACCUUCAUCUUGGCAACCUGCUUCUCCAGCUACCUCCUUCUCUCAACGGUCUCUUAGUGGAUCAGUUGUAUGCUAAGUUUGGAGCUCCAGAGCCAGAGCCUGUCGUCCGUCUUGACAAAAAAUCAACCUCUUCAGCAGCUGGGGUUCCUUUGUACGCCGUCCCUCCUGUGUGGCUUGGAAUAGCAAGCGAUGAAAUCACCAUAAAGGAGGCAAAGCUAUUACUUAGCGACUUUGGUGUCGCCUUUCGCCCGUCAGAUAAGUCGCGGUUUGAAUCAUAUACACCCCUCGUGAUCCGUCCGCCCGAGGCGUUCUUUGAACCGACGACGCCUCUCUCCUUUGCGUCAGAUAUAUGGAGCCUCGGUUGCACCAUCUUCGAGUUGCUUGCUCACAGGUCUCUUAUCGACGGAAUCCUUACGCCUCAGGACGAAAUAACGGCGCAGCAGGUCCACUUACAAGGACCUCUACCGUCGGAUUGGUGGGAUAACUGGGAACAGUGGUUCAAAUGGUUCGACGAAGCGGGAAGACCGCUCAGUAAUGAGCGUGACAUAUGGACGUGGGAUAGGCGGUUCGAGCAAUGGGUACAAGAGCCGAGACAUUCUUGUGGUAUGAGUAUUAUUGACGAGGAGGAGAAGGCCGCGCUGUUUGAGCUGUUACACUGGAUGCUCGCAUGGAGGCCUAGAGAGCGGCCAAAUGCAGCGGAGGUGUUAAACAUGGCUUGGAUGAAGAGGUGGGCUUUACCGGCGUACGAGGAGAGCCAAAAGACUUGGGCAUGA